CGCAUCACUCUUCUUCUCCACUUCUUCUCCUUUCUCCUGCCUUUUUUUCGCUAAUGAUUCGAUGAACGCCGGAGCGGUUUCUCACGAGAGCUUAUUCAGGGAAAUAGGCUGUGUAAAGUAAAACUGCAGCUAUUGGUUUUGUAAGGAAUAAGGGGGUGUUAAAAGAAGGUUGCCAUCUGGAAAACAAGUGACAAUUAUGAAAGAGUUAGAGAAGAGUGUGGACCGUUGUUUAUGGCAUGCAUGUGCUGGAGGGUUGACUCAAAUGCCUUUGCCAAAUUCAAAGGUGUUUUACUUUCCCCAGGGCCAUGCUGAACAUACGCUUACAAAUGUAGAUUUCAGUGGGAUGCCUAGGGUUCCGGCGUUCAUUCUUUGUAGGGUGAAUGAUGUGAAGUUUUUAGCAGAUGUAGAAACCGAUGAAGUUUAUGCUAAGAUUAGUUUAAGUCCACAUGGAAACAGUUUCAGCGGUUAUGAUUUCGAUGAUGAAAGAAACCUGCUGGAGACGCGUACUGGUUCUGAGUCCUAUGAUAAACCCUCUUCUUUUGCAAAAACGUUGACACAAUCUGAUGCAAAUAAUGGUGGAGGUUUUUCUGUCCCCCGGUACUGUGCUGAGACGAUUUUUCCUCGUUUGGAUUAUUCGGCUGAUCCCCCUGUUCAAACUGUGGUGGCUAAGGAUGUUCAUGGUGAGGUAUGGAGGUUUAGACAUAUCUACAGGGGGACACCAAGGAGACAUCUCUUGACCACUGGAUGGAGUACUUUUGUGAAUCAAAAGAAGCUGGUUGCUGGAGACUCCAUUGUGUUCAUGCGAGCAGAUAAUGGGGAUCUUUGUGUUGGGAUUAGACGAGCUAAAAGAGGGGGAAUCGGUGGUCCUGAUUCCCCUUUAGGCUGGAGUUCUAGCUCUGGAAACUCUCCUACCUAUGGUGGAUAUUCUUCCUACAUACGGGAAAAUGAUUUGAAAAGAAAUGGUAGAAAUGUCAGUUAUAAUGUUAUUAGGGGGAAAGUGAGGCCUGAAUCUGUUAUAGAAGCUGCAUCCCUUGCUGCCAGUGGUCAAUCAUUUGAGGUUACUUAUUAUCCCCGCGCGAGCACUCCUGAGUUUUGUGUGAAGGCUUCUUCUUUGAGUCAUGCAUUGCGUGUUCAGUGGUGUGCUGGGAUGAGGUUCAAGAUGGCAUUCGAAACAGAGGAUUCGUCACGUAUAAGCUGGUUCAUGGGAACUGUAUCUUCUGUUCAAGUUGUUGACCCGUUUCUAUGGCCUAAUUCUCCAUGGCGUCUUUUACAGGUAAAUUGGGAUGAACCUGAUCUUUUGCAAAACGUGAAGCGUGUAAGCCCAUGGCUGGUCGAAUUGGUGUCACAUAUGCCACUAAUUCAUCUCUCACCCUUCUCUCCACACAGAAAGAAGCUAAGAUUACCUCAACCCCCAGAUCUACCUCAUGGCGAUUUUGCCGUUCCACCCUCUUCAGGCAACCCCCACACGCCCAGCAGUCUUUUUUCUGCAGGCAUACAGGGAGCCAGGCAUGCUCGAUUUGAGAUCCCAUUAUCGGAUUUCAAUCUUACCCACCAACUGCAGUUGGGACUUCUUCCUUCCACUUUUGAUUCAUCUAAGGGUCCUGAUGGUGUUAGUAAUACUGAUGACUUAUCCUGCUUGCUGACCAUUGGAACCUCUAGCCAUAACCUGGACAUCCCCGAUGACAAAGUAAAGGCACCUGUGUUUCUAUUAUUUGGUCAGCCGAUACACAUUGAGCAGCAGAGCUCCAGUGGCUGCUUUAGUGAUGAAUGUUCAAAAGCUAACCAUUCAUCGGAUGGAAAUGCAAAUGAGAUUCUGUGGGACCAUGUCUAUCAAAAAGAUGACUAUGGACUCAUUUCCAGUAUCUGUGAAGUGUUCGUAGAUUCUGAGGAUGUGGGUCGAAAACUUGAUCUUUCUGUUGUUGGGUCUUAUGAAGAACUUCUUGGGACUUUGGCAAGUUGGUUUGGAAUUGAAAGGUUUGAUGAUUUAACUUGUGUGCUUUAUAAAGAUUCAGCAGGUGCUGUGAAACGAGUUGGUGAUGAACCUUUCAGUGAGUUUGUGAUGAAAACAAAAAGGCUGAAUAUUCUGAUGGGUGCAUGCUGCCAUGAUGAUGGAAGAAAACCAAUUACUGGGAUGGCUAGCACCAGACAUGGGCUUGAGUCUUCUAACCAAACGGCGACUACUAGUAUAGUCGCUUAGAAGCAUCAAAGUUGUAUGGAUAACUUGUGUGGUUUGUGUAGUUGAAUUUUGGAGACUUUGUACCAUAAAUGUUUCCUUUUCGUCAUAUGCAUACAGCAUACUUUUAAGAAGCAAUCAAUACUAGUUCUUUAAUGCAA